AUGGGGCCCGUGCAGCAGCGCCGGGGAGGGAUGUUGGGCCCCCGAGUCCCGGGACAGUGCUCACCGAGCAUCUUCCUUAAGCACUCCUUCCGUGGGCCUGCUGUGAUGAACGUAGUUGUGUUUGCCGCCUUCACUGUGGACUUGCCAAGGCAGAGGGAAAAAACUCACGUCUCUAUCUCUUCUUUUUUGAAAAAACAAAACCCCAAAGACUCCUGGGAUUCUGCUCAGAGAACCAAAGAUGUUUCCCCUCAGCUGAACUCGGCCACCAUCAUUGAUAUCCACCCUUCCUCCACCUACAGCAUCCGUAUGUAUGCCAAGAACCGGAUUGGCAAGAGCGAGCCCAGCAACGAACUCUCCAUCACCGCGGACGAAGCAGCUCCUGACGGCCCCCCUCAGGAAGUGCACUUGGAGCCCAUUUCUUCCCAGAGCAUCAGGGUCACCUGGAAGGCUCCCAAGAAGCACCUGCAGAACGGCCACAUCCGCGGCUACCAGAUCGGCUAUCGCGAGUACAGCACCGGGGGCAACUUCCAGUUCAACAUCAUCAGCAUCGACACCACGGGGGACAGUGAGACCUACACGCUGGACAACCUCAGCAAGUUCACGCAGUACGGCCUCGUGGUGCAGGCCUGCAACCGUGCCGGCACCGGGCCCUCUUCUCAGGAGAUCAUCACCACCACCCUCGAGGACGUGCCCAGCUACCCCCCUGAGAAUGUCCAAGCCUCAGCAACGUCGCCUGAGAGCAUCUCCCUCUCCUGGUCCACCCUCUCCAAGGAGGCCUUGAAUGGGAUCCUGCAGGGCUUCAGGGUCAUCUACUGGGCCAACCUCAUGGAUGGAGAGCUGGGCGAGAUCAAGAACGUGACGACCACGCAGCCGUCGCUGGAGCUGGACGGGCUGGAGAAGUACACCAACUACAGCAUCCAGGUGCUGGCCUUCACACGGGCGGGGGACGGCGUGCGCAGCGAGCAGAUCUUCACCCGCACCAAGGAGGAUGUUCCAGGCCCACCAGCGGGGGUCAAGGCCGCUGCGGCAUCUGCCUCCAUGGUCUUCGUCUCCUGGCUGCCCCCACUCAAGCUGAACGGUAUCAUCCGGAAGUACACCGUCUUCUGUUCCCACCCCUACCCCACAGUGAUCAGCGAGUUUGAAGCCUCUCCCGACUCAUUUUCCUACAGAAUUCCGAACCUGAGUCGGAACCGCCAGUACAGCGUGUGGGUGGUGGCCGUCACCUCCGCUGGCCGGGGCAAUAGCAGUGACAUCAUCACGGUGGAGCCCCUGGCGAAAGGUUCGUCCCUGCGCCAAGAUGGGGGGGGGGGGCGUUGUCCAGAGACGACGUUUGGGACUCCAGCUCUCCGGGCCAAA